AUGCUUAGAUUUGGACUCCUUGUCUUCCUGGCAUCGUACCUCGGUAUCGCCAGCGCAGCCUUUGGAGUAACUUCCUCAGGUGGAAGAUAUAUCGUCGAUGCAGGCUCCCCUAACCCACUUGUUAUCAAGGUAGAUAUGCAAUAUCCUUCCAGCGACCACCUCUCUAACAUCAAUAUCUAUGAGGUUAACCAAGCGAAUUGUGAUAUAACUUCGUUGGUGUAUCGUGGUAACGAAUACCAAUACCAGUCUACGUUCAGUCAUAUUGGCUCUGGGCUUGGGAGCGCGACACCAUGGUUCUCUAAUAUUUCACAUCCAACAGGCCAAUACGUCAAGAUCACAUGUGUUACAUCUACCCUCACGCAUUAUUAUGUUGUGAAGUCGGGCGUUGCUCCUAGACUCGACCGUAUACAUGGCAACAUAUAUCACAGCCAACCUUCUGUUGGAGAGCUUCGUUAUAUUGCAAGGCUAAAUCGUAGUUUCCUGCCAAACGGUGAUCCAGAAAGCUAUACUGAUCUAGGCUCCGAAACUGUUGAAGGAUCGGAUGUGUUCAGGCAGAGCAACGGACAAACUGUCAGCAAAUUUUAUUCUUCUGAAAGAUUUAUUGACGACAAAGUUCAUUAUGUUUCUGGAAACGAUGUAAUCAUUUCGAUGGUUAUUCCUGACCCUACGUCGUACGAAGGAUCAGCAGGGGGUCCAUUCUUCCGUGAUAUCAAUCGCGACCGCGGCAGCUCGUACCAUGCACUCUAUUGGUACAUGAACUCAGGUCAUGCACAGACGGAAACCAAGAGAAUCGGUUUGAUGGGGCCAUAUGCUAUGGUCUUUUCGCGCUCUGGAGUCCCUUCCGGUAACCUCGAUGUUUCCUUCUUCUCUCAAUUGGGUAUCUCUGGCUAUGUUGGAACGGGUGGGCGUGGAACGGUUACUGGUACAGCUAGUGGCGUUUCAACUUCAUACCAGCGGGUAGUACAUUGGUUCAACGAUGUGGCGCAAUAUUGGACAUAUGUUAGUUCCUCUGGUAGUUUUACUAGUCCCCCGAUGAAAGCUGGCACAUAUACCAUGGUGCUUUACCGUGACGAAUUCGAAAUCGCACGUAAAUCCGUAUCCGUUGGGGCAGGUUCAACCGUGUCCUCUAGCAUUGCAUCAAAUGAAGCGACCGCUGCGCCCGCAUGGCGUAUUGAUAACUUCCCCAUGGCUCAAAUCAAGGAUGUCAAUAACCCGACAACGAUCAAAUUUACACUCAACUCAGGACAGACCGGGGCCGCUACGCUGAAAAUUGGUACAACUCUUGCAUUUGCAGGUGGAAGGCCCCAAGUGACCGUUAAUGGAUGGGCUGGCCCGAUACCCCCUACACCAACGGACCUUAACUCACGUGGGUUUACAAGAGGAACUUAUCGAGGGAUAAAUGUUGUCUAUACUGUCAAUAUUCCAUCUGGAACUUUGGUAUCUGGUACCAACACGAUUCAAGUGAACGUCAUAUCCGGGAGUAGCGGCUCACAAUUCCUCAGUCCCAAUUUCAUCUACGAUGCGAUCGAACUUAUAACGACCGGGUCAUCAAGCUCACCUACGACGACCACAACGACUGUCGCUCAACCCACAGCAACUUCGGGUACUGGUACUGUACCACUUUAUGGGCAAUGUGGUGGAAACGGAUACACCGGACCCACUGUCUGUGCUCAAGGCACAUGCACAUAUAGUAACGAAUGGGUCAAUACAUUGAUCUUGGGGCCAGUCACAGCCAUUCUGCCUUGCCUUAUGAAUUCAUCGGCAAACGCGGAUUUACCCCCACCUUAUGAUUUCACGGACGAUGACCGACAUUCGAUGGAAGAUGAAUCUCGGCCAUUGCCGAAGGGUUGGGUAAGGGAUUAUGACCAUGCAAAUAAGCAUCACUUCUACGUGGAUACCAAGACCAACCCACCUCGCUCGAUAUGGGUCCAUCCGUUCGAGGACGAACAAUUCCAGCGCGAGCACCCCGAGCUGUUCAAACAAUCGAGACCCCCGCCGUCUAGGCGCGGGGAGAAUGCAGUUGCUGGGCCUUCGAAUACAGAAGGAGGAACCCCUGAGAAGAAGGGGUUUAUUCAGAAAAUGAAGGACAAGGCUGCGGAGCAUGCUGCGAAGAAAGAAGAAGAGAGGAAGCAGCGCGAGCAACUACAGCGGGAAGCUGUCCAACGCUAUGUCAUGCGCCGACAGCAAUUGCUACAACAGGGGCAGCAACAGCAACAGCAACAUACGUACGGACAGGGGUCGCUCUACGGUCCACCUAAUACCUACGGAUACGGUCGGUAUCCACCUCCAGGAGUUGCAUAUGGGGGCCGCAGGCGAGGCGGUAAUAUGGCCCUACCACUUAUGGGUGGUCUUGCCGGGGGUAUGCUACUUGGAAGCAUGCUUGACGGAGACGGUUAUUAUGGAGACGGCUUUGGCGAUGGCGAUUUUGGAGGAGACAUGGGAGGAGGAUUCGAUUUCUAA